AUGGUUUCCAUUAUCGAUUUUCCAACGGAGAUUCUUUGGAUCAUAGCCAGCACCUUAUCGGGCGGCCAGAUUUCUGCUUUUGCUCAGACCCACCGAAACCUCUAUCCCAAGCUGCGUCUGGCGCUAAUAAAGUACAAUAUCAAGCACCAAAACAGCUCGGCGCUUCAUUGGGCUGCUAAGACCAAUCAUUGUGCAUUUGCAAAGGCGUUAAUCUCUUACCGAGCCGACAUAAAUGCACUAGUUGACGAUUCAUCCCCUCUCAUGACAGCCGCAGAUCACGGCUCAGAGCUGGUGAUCAAAGUAUUACUGCAGAAGAGAAGGUUGCGCGUGAACUUGAGAAAUACCAAGGGAGAGAGUGCUCUGUGGCACAGCGUGGCGACAACAUCAUCCGUCAUCGUCACCCAGCUCCUUCAACACCCUCAGCUCAAAGUCGACCUCCCAAAUUCUGAGGGGCAGACGGUGCUCUGGCUUGCUGUCUUUCAAGGAAACAGAGACUUUGUGUGCCAACUACUCAUAAGAGAUGCCAACCCUGAUACAAAAGAUUUGAAUGGAAUAUCGCCAUGGAUCCAAGCAUGCAUCAGAAACAGAAACAAUAUCAAAGAUCUCCUACUUGAUCAUUGGAAAGCGACAUCCCCUGGCGUCAUAUCACAGGAUACACCGCUCACUAGAAGUGAGGAAACGGUUGCGUCAGCUGCUGGUAGCGGAAGUGCUUCCAUAUCAAGAAUGCUGCGCCUCCGGAGAGAGGAAUUCGAUAUAGUUGAUGAACAGGGACUGACACCUCUCCACACAGCGGCAAGGAGCGGUCAUCUUUUGGCAGUGGAUUUUCUACUUCGCCACGCAAAUACUCUCUUGAACCGUAAAGACAGUUACGGUAGGACUGCGCUGUGGUGGUCUACCUUUUCAUUCUAUGAUCGUGUCACGCAGAGGCUUCUGGAAGAGAAGGACGUGGAGAUCAAUACGCUUGGAACAUGUGGGAAAUAUGAUAGCCCUUCUACCUCGCUCCACCAUCUAGCCAGAAGAAAUGAUACAACCGUUCUUGGAUGGUUCUUAAGCCGGCCGAGUCUUGACCCAAAUCUAUGCGGGGCUCUCAAUCUCCUCUUUGUCUGGCUAUACAACAAGGGAAUACCGCAGUGGUGA